UCUAUCUACAUAAUUACUAGAAUGACGCUGACGCGGGAACAUCAUGUUUUCGACCAUAGCUCAAAUACCAUUGGAUGAUUUCGUUGGUCUUUGAAUCGGAUAUAAACCACUUAUCUCUGUAUAUCGGCUACUUGCUUCUGGAAACGAUGGAAGAUAGCAUGUCCACUACAUCCCCCUCGAAAGCGCUGGCCGCUCUCCAGCAAAUAGGCCCCGACACGCGCCUCUCAAUUCUCAAAAUCAGCGAACCAAUUUCUACAACAACAAACCCAACCGGAUCAGCCCAGUCGCCGUCCAACAGGCGCUCUGACGUGUCUACAGAUGCGUUUGACAAUCCAACUCCUGCGUCGCUGGAAGAAGAUUUAACUCAUUACAAGGAACUUUUCGCGAAACUUCGUUUUUCAUACAUCGAGCAAGUCACGAAGGAGAAAUUCCUGCGCGCAAUCGUCGGGGACCCGCCAUUGGUUGUUGGGCACCAAGAAAAUAUCGAGCUCGAAACCGAGUUAGCAAAGGUGAAGGAAGAACUGCAACGGCGGAAGGAGGAUGUUAGACUGAUGAUUGAGGGAAUGGAGAAGAUGGGGAGGGCGCUGGCGACGCGAUACAAGAAAGUCCAGCUUCAGACAACACAAUUAUCCGACCUUCCGGCCUCAAUUGAAAGCCUCGAAUCCACGAUAUCUACACUACGCGCUGCAGCUUCGCAAGCGUCAAAUGGGCACCAGCCUGACUCUACCCUUCCUUCGUCCCAGACUCUCUCGUUACCAGCCACCCUUGAACUGAUUGCGGAACGUGAAGCAGAAUUGGUUGCCAUAGACCGGCAGCUUGCCUCGGUCAACUCGUCAUUGCCACGGAGUACUAGAGAAGCUGACGCGAUUGAGAGGGAAUUGGUGAGACUGGAGAGAAAGAAGGUCAAGAGCGUGGCGCAGGCUACAGAGGCUCACAGGAAGAAGCAGGAAGGGGAGAGUGAUGGGCUGGAGGAAAUGGGGAGGUGGUAUAGGGGCGCGGAGAAGGGGUUGAAAGAUUUAGUGGGAGUUAAAGGAUAAUUGAAGCGGAAAGGUUCUCUCCUGGGUGGCUACAUUCACGACUCUGAAUGGUGUUCCAGGUUGUUUUAACUUUAGCAGGGUUACUUUUCAGGCGCUUAUGCUUUAUGAGUUGGCAUAAUUAGGACUCAUUGGUGUCAUAUUCACAUUAUAAGGUAGAAUGGCUAGCUUUUCUUCAUUCUCAUGAAAUAGUUUUCCGAUAUUUAUUUGAUCAUACAUUAGGGUAUGCCGGAUAGCAAAUAACGCCUCCCUUUCAUGAUUAACUCCACGCACACAUCUACUCCUCGUCCUCUUCCUCCUCAUCCACAUCUCCUUUCUCACCAGCCUUGUUCUUCUUUCUCUGGACACGGCCAGGGCGUCCUUCACCAAAUGGCGAGGUAAGAGCAAAAUCAAUGUGUUUCUGGGAGUCGAGACGGACGACGAAAG